AUGGUUUUCGCAGACGAAGCGCUGAUACGGUUAAACGCAUUCGACGCUGACUACAAGUUGAAACCGAAUCGCUUCGGAACGCAUUCGUACAUGGAGCGAGUGCCGUUACUUUGGUUGGCAAAGGAGGGCGGGGCAUCCGUUUUAGUGCUGGCGAUGCUUCUCCACCUCAUCGCUUUGGUCAACUCCCAGAUCGUCCAGGGCUCCGAACUUCCAGCGAUUCCCAGUCGAACAAGUGUUUCGAAUGUUGAUCUCAGGAAAUUCGGCGCUAACGACGAACAGAAGUUAUUCAGAUACUUGCUAAACGAUUACGAUAAGGCCGUUCGUCCAGUGUUCAACGCAAGUAAGACGGUCAAAGUCUACAUAGGACUGACACUGACCCACAUCUUCAACAUCGACGAGCGGAACCAAGUGCUUGCGUUAAACGUGUGGGUCGAGCAAUCGUGGCAUGACGAACGAAUCCGCUGGGAGCCAGAGAAAUUUGGGAACCUCUCGAAACUCACUCUUGCCACAAGAUAUCUUUGGACACCGGACAUUGUGCUUUACAACAACGCGCGAGAUUUCUCUCGAGGAUUCGUCGACACCAAUCUUCAUGCUAGUUACGAUGGAGAGAUCCAGUGGGCGCCUCCACAGAAAAUCUACAGUCGAUGUCACAUGGACGUGGCAAAGUUCCCGUUCGAUCAUCAGUUCUGCUCAUUAAUUUUCCGUUCAUGGAUAUACGACACAUCUCAGUUAGAUCUAACUGUACUUACUCGAUAUGAUGGAAAAUCGCCAUUCACAAAGGAUUCAUUCACAGAGAACGGAGAAUGGGAGAUUGUGGACAAUCGUACAUUCAGAUACCAACAGCACAGCGGAAGCACCGAGUAUGCUACAGUGGUUUUCGAGCUCCAUCUCAGACGACGAACUCUGUUCUUCAUGUACAAUAUUAUUGCUCCUUGCGUGAUGCUCUCCAUCCUAACAAUGAUGCAGUUUCUGCUGCCGUGCGAGAGUGGUGAGAAGGUGACACUCGGCCUCACAGUGCUGCUUGCAUAUUCCGUGUUCAGCUUUAAUAUUGCUGAAAGUAUGCCGGAAACCUCCGAGGUUAUUCCGCUGAUAGCAAUUUACUUAAUGGCAAUAAUGGGGAUUUCGGCAUUGUCGGUUACCUUCUCAGUGUUUGUGCUGAAUCUUCGACACGGCGCUGACUACUCUGACAAAAUUCCGGAGUGGCUCGAAGUGCUCGGCUUCUCUAUUCUGGCUCCCAUCUUCGGCGGUUCUCCAUCGAGGCGAAAAUCCAAAGGCAUCGGCGCAAUGAGCAAUGGCUCCUUGCGACUCGAAAUGGCAAAUCACGACAACCUAGUUAGCAAAGAUCUCAUCGACCGAGUCGGUGCUGAGGAAGAGUUCGAGAAGUUGGUAGCUCGCUGGUCACAAUUAGCCAACAUUUUCGAUCGUCUUUUUUUCUCUGUAGUUCUCGCCUUGAACGGUUCUUCGACGAUAUUCCUUCUGAUUCUGGCUCCAAAUAUGGGCGCACCAAAUCUUUACGAUAGAGAAUGGGAAUUGUAA